GCAAGUCAGAGGUCAAUUUCGACGAAUCGCUAUCCUUUAGCUUCUCAGUCGUUUGUUUCAGAACAAGACAUACAUCCUUUUCCUCGUAACUUUGCCGUAAUUCGCUGAACCAAAACGUCAAGAAACACGUUCCUCAUAAGAUCAUUAAGCACCUGCCAGUAUGACCACAUAAAGACCCUUGGAGCUUGCUUCGCUAUCGUUCUAAAGCUGAGAGAUGUCGAGUGUGUCCUGGAAAGGUGGAGAAUCAAAAGGACAAGAGAAGAAAGAUAAACAUAAAAAACGAAGAGCAGAAGGUCAACCAAGCUGGUAUGAAAAAACUGUUGAUGCAGAUUUCAAGGAGGAAGAAAUACACAUCCCAAAGGAUAAGGUGGGACUAAUUUUAGGAAAAAAAGGUUGGAAAAAAAAGGACAUAAUCACCCGAAGUGGAAUCCAGGACUUAGUCAUCAAAGAAGAUCUUGUUUACGUAAGAGGAACAGAAGAACAGCGCACCCGUGCGAAACAGAUUAUCGAAAAGGUCUUGCGUGGAGAAGAUAGCCCUGACCAAGGGUCGUGGAAAAAGUUGACCUUCAUACCAGAAGAUUGCAUGGCUAAAGUAAUUGGGAAAAACCGCAUGAAUUUGAAUAAAAUAGAAGCAAAAACUAAGGCAACUUUGAAAGUCUUUGAGAGGAAUAGCUUGUAUAUCAAGGGAUCUCCUGAGAGUCAGAAGUUAGCUAUUCGGGCAAUAAAGGACACCGUGAAAACUAGCAAGAAAAAAUUCGUCGCACGAUUUGUCCAUGUGGACACAGCACAUUUGGAAGAAGACCAUGAGUUUAAGCUCUCCAUCGCGCAACCCUCACCAAACACUACGACGUGGCACAAGUGUUUCAAGCUAGAACUACAGGAUGAUCCUCUAAAAGAGGAAACACCCUCUGGUUUUGCGGACACGGAAAGCCUGAAAGAAAAGGUGCUGGGGAUUUUGAAGCAAAUUCACCAAGAAAAGGAGGAGGAGAUGGUCAUAGUAGAUAUUUGGUGUCAUUUUGGUCACGCCUACCUAAUCAAGGUUGAUGAAGAUGAAGAGGAUGACAUUUUCACCCUGGGGGAAAUCAAAGAUAGAAUUGAAUCAACUGAUGACGAUCGUUGGAAGACAUUCUUCGCGGAAGUUGAGACAAUCGAAGUUGAGCAGAUUGAAAAGUCUCUCAACGCAGAGAACAGACAGUCUACAACCCCCACAGUUCACAGCACAACUAGUGAUGACAUACGUUACGAUCUCACCUUCUUCACUCCAUCUGGUUUAGAAGUUCGAGUCAAGGUAUGGCUCAUAGAAAAAGAACCCGGGACCGAAGGCGGGACCUUGGCGUUCCGUCACAGCGCUCCACUUCCUGUCAGAAACUCCUUGACACAAAUCUUACCUGACGAGCAUAGUGGAGAUGCAUCAAACUCACCAAUUUUCCACAUCUGUGAUACAUUUCAUCAGAGAAUGAAACUCGACAUUCUAAUGCCGUCUGUAGGAUUUGAUUGCCGUUUGAAAAUACGAACAUUUCCAAAGUUUCCACAAACAACGACACCACAAGCAGAAGAAGAGCACAAAAUUCUAGAAAACUACCUCAUGGAAAUGAGGAUUGAAGAUGGUCAGCUGAAGUUUCCACCAAUUUCCAAGCUACCAGAUGGGUUUGACCUUUUUUUUCAGCGUCGCAGCCUUCGAAAGAGAUAUGAGUAUGAAGAUGACGGAGACAUGUUCACUUUGACUGUUUGCAAAGACCAGUCAAAAGAAGUGAAUGCCAACCAGACUGAUGCGUACAGUUUCAAUGAAUCAGAAGCGAAGCCGGAUGUUCAUCUCCACUGUGAAGAAUGGGACCAAUUAUUAAAUGAGGGAAACUGGGAACCGGAGCAGAUUACUGCCAAGCUUCCUAAAUUUUUAGAGUUUCUACGGAAAGUUCAGGGAAACCUGUAAUAGCCAGUGACGAGUGAUUCCAGCGAAUAGCGAGCCUCCAAGAACCUCCCUCCUUAAGAUACGUCACAGCAAGAUGCGUCUGUUUGUUACGUAACCUGGUUGUCCUGUGACUAUAUGAGGAAUGUUGAUCACCCACUUCACCACAUUAACUUCUAUAAAAAUUGCAUAUGGACUUCUACCAUGUAUGAUCUGGUCACGUGUCUGUUCCUUAAGAUUAUGAUUUUGUUUUUAGUGCAAACCUACGAUCGAUAAACGCGUUGUGCUAUA